AAAUAUCAGAUCGCCGGCAGGCGUCCCGGUGCAGGCCUGUGUGAGGAGCGAACUGGUGUCCCAGCCGAGGGCGCGCCUGGCAGCCAGGAAAGUCACCGGUGCGCCCCUGCAGCCUUUUUCCAAGGCCCGGGUCGCACGGGAGUCGGUCCAAGGCUGUCGUCGCUGUGGCCUGCGGUGGGACCGGCCCAGGCGGACGGGGCACCGGGCAGGACGCGCGCUCCGGGCGCUCCGCGGACACCCGGGACCCCACCCCGCGCCCCAGGAGGAGGCGGGGGUGACGCCAAGCAGGGGCUUUGCUAAUUGCCAGAGCAGGAAGUGAGCUUGAGGAAGAAGCUGCGGAGACCCGGGACGAACAGGCGGAGGAGACGCAGGGCGCGCAGAGCCGUGGCCGUGGAGGCUCCUCCCGGCGCGUCUGCCCCGCAGGACCUCCAGUCGCCGCGGCCCGCUCUCCUCCCCGGUCCCCGAGGCCACCUGGCUCUGCCCGAGUGCCCGUCUGCCCUCUCCCCGCCCACAUGGCUUCUCCCAACGACCCUCUGCGCUCAGAUCACAUGGCUAAGGAGCCAGUGGAAGACACCGACCCUAGCACUUUGUCCUUUAACAUGUCAGACAAAUAUCCCAUUCAAGAUACAGCGCUCCCUAAAGCUGAAGAGUGUGAUACAAUUACUUUGAACUGUCCACCAAAUUCUGAUGAGCAACUUCAGGGAGAAGAAAAUGACUUUCCAGACACUAUUGGAGAUCCCCUUUCAGGUGUCAGCAAGGACCACCCCUGCAAAGAAGACUGUGCUUGUUCCUCCUGCUCCCUGCGGGCCCCCACCAUAAGUGACUUGCUCAAUGACCAGGACUUAUUAGAUGUGAUCAGGAUAAAGCUAGAUCCAUGCCACCCAACAGUGAAAAACUGGAGGAAUUUUGCAAGCAAGUGGGGCAUGCCGUAUGAUGAACUGUGCUUCCUGGAGCAGAGGCCUCAGAGCCCCACCCUGGAGUUUCUGCUUCGCAACAGCCAGAGGCCGGUGGGCCAGCUGAUGGAGCUGUGCCACCUCUAUCACCGUGCUGACGUGGAGAAGGUGCUGCGCAGGUGGGUGGAGGAGGAGUGGCCCAGGCGGGGCCGAGCUGACCACUCCGACCACCACUCGCACUUCUAGAGUCCCUGUCCUCCUGGGGUGGGUCUCUUGCACACUGGAGCAACCACGGCCAAAGAGGAAUGUGAACUUGUUUUUUUUUAAGAAUUUGGGAUGAGGACGUGGAAUGAUGGAUGGUGUUUUCCCCAAGGCUGGAGGUUUUGUGGAGGGGGAGUUUCUGGUUUGGUGGCAGAUGAUUCGUUUUUUUGUUUUGUUUUGUUUUUGUUUUUGCACAUCUCGUUUAACUUAAUAUUUGAAUGUGGAAUUGGGGAAGACUAUUUUAGAGACUUACAUAAGGACCAAUGGCUGUAAUCAGGGUAGAUUCAUGCCAUAAUGAAAUAAAAUGGUCCUCUCAACUACUGCUGAAGAUUUCAGACCCAAGACUGUUGAUAGCUCUAGACAUAGGUACAUCAUCACAUGCAAGUACCUUGAUGACCAGUGACAUGCACAGCCUAGCAGAAGACAGCAAUGAGAAGUCACCCUGUUUUAUCUCUUGGUUGUCAUUCUGUUGUAAAGUGCUGAGUUGAUUAACAGGGUGCUAGUACUAUGUGGACUUAUGCAAUAGACCACAUGUGCCAUCUUCUGUAUUCAAAAUUGUAUACCCUGUACACCAUCCGCAAUGUCAAUUGUUUCAGUAUUUUUCAAAGAAAUACAAAAAUUGAUAGUUACAGGGAGGGUACAGUAAAGAAUCAGGGUUUUAUAAGUAACAUGGGAAUGGUAUUUGACACAGACUACUACUCAGAAUGCCCUUUUGUUAUCCAGGAUUUUUAAAAAGUUAACUUAAUAUGUACUUUUUCUUCUUUUAUAAAAGGUGGAACACUUUAUCCCUGAGAUGAAACUCAGUGAAUUAAUAAAUAAGAAUCAGCUGGUCCAUUGUGGCACUGCACCUACCUCUAGCACCUAAUGUCUCAGAUAAAAAUAAAACUUACUGACACUAAGGAGAGGGACACAUGCAGGGGAACAUUCCUGCUGAUGAGUUAAACUCCAAAUCUUAAAGGAUUUUACACCAAUUGAAAAGUUUGUGUUAAAGAAUACUCCAUGUUUCUUACUUGAUCAUUUUGAAAACAGGCAGUAAUGGGGAUGGAAGGGUUUGUAACUGAAGAAGUCAGAUUUUCUAGGUUCUUUGGGGGCAAAAAGAGAGACCAUAGCAGAGCUUGGUUUGGCUGACAGUUCCACAAAGGUGCUAUUUGGUUGUGGCCAUGGGCUUACAAAGUGAAGACCCUCUAUGCAAUGUGUGGGGGCUUCUGUAUUAGUCUCCAGUUAAACCAAAAAGAUGAAUAUACUACUAGGUACAACAGGACGAUUAAGAUUAACUCAAAAGAAAAUUGUUUGCUAAACCACCAUGUUUUUUCUGCUAAUAAGUAUGGUGGUUUUCAUUAGGUUACUAAUCCAUAUCAGCAUCCCUGCCAAAUGGAAAUUCAAAAGAGCAACCUUUGCUGCAGAAACUCAUUAUUUCCCAGCUAGUGGAAAUUACACCUGGUCAGAUUUAUCAGGUAAAUACCACACAUUUUGCCAAAUAUAUUUAACGUAACAGCCAGUAAUAAAAUGUGAUUUAAAAAAAUAGAUUAUGGGCUGGGGAUUUAACUCAGAUGCAUAAGCAUCUGUCUGGCAAGUGCGAAGUGGUGAGUUUGAUCCCCGAUAUAAAAAAAAAAAAAAGAUUCUCCAGUAAGUUAGUGUUUAGGGAGACAUUUGUUAAAUAUGUACCUAACAGAAUCACCCAGGAUCCAGGUUCUGUAUAGAACUUGAUGAGGGACACUCUAGUUGCCCACAAACUUGAUGUAUUACAUUCAUUCUCUUCUCUCUCUCUCUCCUCUCUCUGUCUCUGUCUCUCUGUCUCUCUCUCUCUUAGGCAGGGUUUCACGAUGCAGUUCCAGCUGGCCUCAAUUCACAGCCAUCCUCCUGCCUCAGCCUCCAGAGUGCUGGGAUUAUAGUCAUGCGCCACCAUGGCCAGCUAUCUUACAUUCUCAUUAAGCUACCUGUGACUGUUCUCAUUUCUUAGCUUGUAAGAUUUACUUUGGGAAAAUGUGAAGGCAUUUUGUGCAUUCAAUUUGGACAUUUGAGGGAAAUGGAAUUUAAAACAGAACUAGCUUGUAUAGCAAGGCUCUAGCCCUCGAAUUCCUAUGGGCAUCCUUCUUUGUAUUCUGCCACCCUGGAGAUACAAGGGGAAGCCCAGACUGACAGAUGUCUUCCCUGUGGCUGUCUAACAUGCCAGGCAUCUCCCGAAAGACCUUUCCUCCUGUCACCCCAGCCCAGCCCUAGCCAACUCAGUCUUCGGCCACCCAGAGACAGAGGUAGGGGACAGGAAGGGAAAAUCCCAUUCUCUCCCCUUUCUUCAGGUUGCAUCUUCCCCUUUUACCUGAUCUGGACCUCCUCACCUCCAAAUGGACCAGAAAAAGAGUGGCUCUGCCAUCAUUUCUGCAGGGGAGGCUGAGAACGGUGCCCUCUCUUCCAAAGGACUUCCCCAAAUCUGAGACAAAGAGCCUAGGUGCAGUGGACAGAAGGCUCCUGAAGGAAGCAGAUUGAAGAGCCCACCCCUUCCUGCCUGUUCCUUGCCAGCCCUGCUCUGCUCAGAGGAACUGCCUCCUUCAGUGGCUUGGGUUGGCUUCUGAAGAUGCCGGUUUACAACUCUUUCCCCCAUAUGAGGUCAUAGUCAACAUGAUCCCAACUAAAAUAUCCCCAGUAUCCAGAUUUUAAUUUAAAUCUGGGAAAAGGGGGCUGGGGAUUUAGCUCAGUGGCAUAAGCGCUGAGGUUGCCUGGCAAGUGUGAGGUUGUGAGUUCAAUCCCCAGGACCAAAAAAAAAAAAAAAAAAAAAAAAAAAAAUCUGGGAAAAAAUGCAAUGAAGAUUUCCUCAUGGGAACCCAGUGCCUAGAUUGGUGAUUAGUUUCUAGUUAAAUGCAAGUUCUAGAUGUCACACAUUUCUAAAGUAGAAGGUUUUGAGGGCUAGUCUGGGGAAGUGGGUUCCUAUUAGCAUAGCUUCAAAAUGUGGGUCCUGGUCACACAUUUUGGCUUCAAAUUUCCAGCCCCAAAACUGACUUUAACUGAAACUCUUAUCAAAUCUUAUCUGCAACACAGCUGCUGUUCAUAAGUGUCAUCUUGCCUUUUUUGAGAUCAAAAAUGUCAAGCAAGACUCAGCACUCAGGUGAAUCAAUAAAAAAUAGAGUUGGUGGGGCUGCUUUGUCUUUAAAUUCAAGACAACAGGAAAACUGUGACCAGAGCACACCACUUCCUUCUUUCCACCUGCAACAUCAUCUCCAGAGUCCUGAUCAGUAAUAAUUUCCACCUCUGGGUUUAUCACCACUAAGCUGCCAGCAUGACUAUGAAAGCUUUUAGCGUCUUUGUAUAGUCUUUUUUAAAAAAAAAUCCCUAUGACAACUGCCUACGGAAACUACUGUGGUAGAAAAAAUUCUUUUAAAAUAGACGAGUUGAUACAAAUGUGCUGUUUUGAUGUGUGCCAUUAUUACACAUAUUGACUGGUAUUUCCUUUGUUAGGAUUUUAAAUUAAUUAGCAUAACAUCAGCAGAGAGAAAAUUAACCAAAUGAUUUUCAAAAUUAAAGUUUACUCAGGCUCUUAAGUUUGAUUAAAUGCAAGAUGACUUUGACCAGUGUUGUAUCCAGAAAUAUCAAAUAGUAAUUCUCAGCUGGAAUAUAAAUAUAAAUCGGCUGUGUAAUAACUCCAAUUUUUCUUAAAGUUAAUUUAUAGUAAACAGGUAUUGUAAUAGCCUAAAUACACUGAUACUUUACAACCGAAAAAAUGAAAAGGAAGUUACUUUAUGACGAAUUGACUGAACAAUUGUUAACAGUUGAGUUCAUCGACCCUGAAGAGCUCUGUUCAUCAUCUGUCCCAGAAAUCCCGUGCCAAGUUGGUGCUACUGUGAGCUACCCUGCUUAGAAUGAGGUCCUGGUGCUGUUAUUUAGAAUGAUAAAGUUUAAAUUGUUAGGAUUUACAUUAUGCGGAGAUUUACCAUCAAUACCAAAAAAUAAUAAAACUAUGAACAAAUCAUUUAUUUUGUGGCACCAAAUAGUAAUUAUUCAGUCAUAAAUUGUGGCAUUAUACCAAAGAUGCUGCUCCCCACUUAGUACUAAGAAAUAAUUUCAGUUGUGCUGCCCCCUGCUGGAUGACAAAAUCUGCACCUCAUCCUUGGAUGCCUGGAGGCAGCCUUCUGCUGAGCACAGCUGGAUGUCAGGAACUUCAGGAGCAGUCUCACUAAGAAAGGAAAAGUGUCAUUGCUUUCAGUUUGACAGAUACAGGCAGAAAGAGGGCGGCAGAGCUCAGCUGGGGCCCGGAGCCUGGGGGUGCCCAGCACUACGCCCUGUCAUUCGUUCAGUGGACCUUUCCUCCACCAGGACUCGGGGUUAGCUGUUCAUGGAUUCUUUCUCUCAACACCACAGGGAGUGGCCAGGGUGGCACUGGCUAUGAUGCUAAAUGGCCAGGGACUGACCUCCCUUACAGCAAACACUGACUGGAAGCAUUAGCCUUACCUCUCCUCUGUGACCUAGACUACCAAAAUAUGCUUGCAGUGCAAGAUUAAUAACUAAGGCCUAGCAGAUUUCUCUCCUUUUGUCUUUUUAGAUGAAUAAAUAUGUUUUGCUUCAUUUCGAGGAUAUCACUGUCUUCAUGAUAUUUUUUUCCAGCUUCUGCCCCCUCAGUUUUAUAAUUCUUCCCACUUUGGGUUCCUGGCAUUGCUGUUUGUGUUAGUUUGUUUUUGAGCCAUUCACUCUGUUCUCAAGUCAGAUUUCCACCAUAUGCCAGUGGCCUUCACUCUCUGCUGCUGACAGAACUCUGCUUCCUUUUCAUGCUUACCCAUGUUGGAUUAUUCCUCUUCGUUAGUGAUACUUGGAUCUGAUAAUGUUAAAACCAUUUUCUACCUUUGUGUCUUAGUCACCUUCCUAUCACUGGACACAAUACCCAACAUCUACAGUCUAGCAAGGAAGAGACAUUUAUUUUGGCUCAUGAUUUUGGUCUGUGGUCAGCUGUCUUCUAGGAAGCCUCAUUGAGAAAGGAUGGUAGAGAGGCCUGGGCAAAAGAAACAAUGAUUGAACAGAAAGUAGGGAGAAUGGGGAGUCAGGGAGGGAGAUGCACCCCCCCAAAGGCACAGCCACAGUGACCACCCUUUUCCAACCAGAACCGCCUCUCGACAACACAUUCAGCUAUGAAUUUAUCGGUGGAUAAAUCCAUGAAGAGCAUAGUGCCCCAAUUCACCUUCAAACACACAUGAGAAUUCUGGGAGACAUUUUAGAUCUAAAUCACAACACCUUGUAAGUGAAAUGCACAUAUCCACUCAUGCCCAAGCAGUGAGUGAGAAAUACUUGCUCUGUUCUUUCUCUGAUUUCCUGCCUGGGAGUGAAACUCCCCACCUUCUGACCCCUGGGUACUAGGUUGUAAUUGGAUAAAGGAGACUCCUACCUCCUUCAGGGAUAGAGAGAAUCAUGACCAAGAUGCUGGGUCCAGUGGAACCUCAGAGCUGGGGGAUGUGGCACCCUAAGUGCCCACUGUCUAGACUGGAAGCUGAGCUGUCCCCUUUUUUCCUGAGGCUGUGGAGGGGCAUGGGUCUGGGAAAGGAGAUGACUUUGAGAAAUCCGUCCUAUAGUCAAGUUGAAGAGAUCAAAACAGUUGACGGGCAGCUUGAAAUGAAAUGAUCAGGUGGACCACCCCUUCUGGAAAUGGAAGAAGGAAGUGGAAUGGGAUGGGAGUGGAGGGAGUGGAAGAAGCAUUUCUCAGUGCUUCCUGAACUGUGCCACAUUCUGCUGUUUUAUGUGACAGCCCAGGGACCAAUGUUCUCUGGAGCGCAUCCUUGGGGAAGCUUCAGGCAGGGUACUUUCCCCAGUGCAGGUGAUGCUUCUGAACUCCCGAAUCCUGUCAAGCUGGCUUUGUAUACCUUUGUGCUGUACCUUUUAAGCUGCCUAUGUUUUGGUCUCCUGUAUGAUUCUGUUUUUAUUAUCAAUAAGGAGAUAUUUUUAAAAACUAUAAUAAUGGGUGCUACAAAAUUAAAGAUUGAUGUCAACUGCUA